AUGGAUUUACUUUUAGCUAAAGCAAUUUGCAUAUUUGCGUUUGUUUCAGUUGCAACAUUCGGAUGUUCUAUACCAUAUUUGAUAGGAUUGUUUGGACAGAAACAAAAUAUUGAACAUGAAAAAAAAGUAAAAAAUAUCCUUUCUAAUUUGAAUUGUUUUGGUUCUGGUUUUAUUUUUUCAAUUGUUAUGUUCCAUUUGUUACCAGAAACAAUCAUGAUUGUAAGUUCACAUAAGGACAUCGUUAUUUUUAACACAUCUGAUGCUGAUAUGAAAACACUCUAUAUCUUUUUUUUCGUAUUUAUUGGUUUCUGUGUGCAAUUAGCAUUAGAAUAUGUUCUACCAGUUGAUAGUAAUUAUUGCUGUGUUGCUAAUGAUGACGUGAAGUCCAUGUUGAAUGAUAAUUUUUCCAAAACGUUAGUAAAGGGUAAAAAGGAUUCCAUUAAUAUCGAUAUGCAUAGUGUGAGUGUCAAUGAAGAUAAAUAUCAUCAUGCAUGUGAUAGUGAGCAUUUCAAGAAAAAACAGAAUUUCUCACAAUUUUUACACGUCCUAACAUUGCAGUCAUUUUUCUUAACAGUAUCCUUGGCUGUACAUUCGUGCAAUGAAGGAAUGAUCGUAGGAAUGUCAGAUGACGUGCAUUUUGUUUUUAUAAAUUCGUUUUGUAUUUUAUCACACAAGUGGAUAGCAGGAGUUACUGUGGCUCUUUCACUAAAUCAGAACAACAUAAGCAAAAAUCUCAAGACAAUAUUGUUAGUAAUUUUUAUAUUCUCUUCGCCCCUAGGAAUAAUAUUAGGUCACUUGAUACAGUCAUCAGGUGAAAAAUUAACAUGUAUAAUCAAUGCAAUUUCCAUUGGAUCGUUGCUUUUCAUUGGAUGUGAGAUUUUGCUAAAUGAAAUAAAGCAGAAGUAUAGCAGAAAAGUUAGGCUUACAAAAUGGCUCAGCUUUUGUUGUUCGUGCGUAAUUGCAUUUUUUUUAAUUAUAGCCACUGUGCGCAUUGCUCCACAUCAUCAUCAUUAG